AUAGGACCGACUACCACUACGUAUUCCUUUCUGCCGUAUCGUUUCCUUCAUAAAUCGGACCAUAUCUUCAUCACAUUAUCGCUUAUUGUUAACCUGAGUAACAUCUUCCGAUUUCCGGCGUUGUUAUCCGAAUCGGGCGGAGUGCUAUUCUUGAUUCCAUAUGCUGUGUGCCUCGGCCUCGUUACCACACCGAUCAUCUACUUGGAGAAUGCACUUGGCCAAUUCAGUUCGUUGCCACCACUGCAAAUAUUUCACUGUCUUUGUCCGGCUUUUGCUGGAAUCGGUUUUGCAUUGACGUUCAUAUCCGUAUUCAAAAGCUUGUUGCUAUCCUAUACAUCACUGGACCUGUUUUUCUCCCUCAAAAGUCUUUCAGCAGCACUCUUCCCUUCAUCCAGGAAACAGUGGCUUGAAUGUGUUCACGAUGAUCAUCCGUCGUGCUUCGAUCCGUAUAUUAUAUGCGAUGAAGCAAAUGGUUUUUAUCAGUACUACUCGAAAUGCUACGAAAUUUCAACAGAGCGAAUACCGGGCAAUCCAAAUUUCACAUGGGCUCAAGUGGUCGUUGGUAUGACAAGCACCUCUGAAGCACUUCGCGAACUUCCAACUCAAAUAUAUCUGUUCGAAAAAAUCAGAGCACUUGAUCGGCCAAGCCCCUUUCUUUUCGCUUCAGCAGUUGUCCAGCAAGCAAUUAUCGCUUUCAUUGGAAUACUUGGCAUGCGGGCUUAUGCAAAGGUUCGAGUUCUUUUUUUGCUAAUACUCUUUUACGGCACGUUGCUGAAAUACUCGAAUUUUUAG